UAACACUCCAUUUUUUUAUCAUUCUCCCUAAAGGCUGAAAUUUGCUUAAACCCUCUUCUCUUCCCUAAAACCUCUCUUUCUAUCUUGCAGACAAAAAAGCACAACAAUCACAGUCCAUUUUCACCCUGUAAAAAACAUCCAAAAAACUCCAACAAUGGCGGCUUUCGAACUACUUCACCAUCAAGCUCGUCGCCACUAUUUAUUAUACAAAAAAAACCCUCUUCUCCGUUCUCAUUUUCAUCGAUUUCUCUCAUCCUCAUCAUCACAAUCACAACCCGAAAUAUCCCAAGAAAACCCGAACCCGAAUAACCCAAUACCAAUCCAACCCGUUUCCUACACCCCCAAAGACCCCCCACAAACCCCAUCUGAAGUUGACCCGACCCGACCCGAAUCAAGUACCAGACCCGACCCAAAUACCCGAGACCCAGUUAAAGCAGCGGAUGGUGGGACGUGGACCCGGGAGGAUCUCAGGUACUUGAAGGAUGCACCGAAGAUAGCUCCGGUUUCUUACCCGACCCGGGUGGCUCCGUUACCGGAGGAUCGGCCCGAAGAGGAAGGGGAAGGGAGAGUGGAGGUUAAGGGUGAUGAGGAGAUGGAGAGAGAGAGGAGAAGAAUCGAGGCGCAAAAAAGGGCUGCAAUGAGGAGAGUUUUGAAUGUUGAAGAGGAAAUGGUUCCAUUCCCAACAUUGGUUAAUGUUAAGAGUGAUGAUGAAAAGAAGAAGAAAAAGCCUGUUUAUGAUCUUAAAGAAGCCAUUCGGCUCGUAAAGGCUAAUGCCAAGAAGAAGUUUGAUGAAACUCUGGAAGCUCAUGUUGUUUUGACUUCUGAUAUGCGCCGAAGUGACCUGAAGCUUGAAGGUACAGUGGCUGUUCCUCAUGGGUUUGGAAAGGUAUAUCGCAUUGCUGUUUUUGCUGAAGGAGCUGCUGCUGAUGAAGCCCGAGAAGCAGGGGCUGAUGUUGUUGGUGGUUUGGAGCUCAUAGAGAAUAUCAAGAGUGGAAAUGUGAAGAUUGAUUUUGACAAAUGUUUUUCCACUCAUGCAAUGAUGCCGAACUUGAGACAGAUUGCGAAGUAUUUGAGGCAAUUGAUGCCAGAUACUAAAAAAGGUACUGUUACCAAAGAUAUCACAAAAGCAGUGAAAGAUGCUAAACGAGGCGUACCUUUCAAAAAAGACAAAACUGCAAUUGUGCAUGUAGGAAUUGGGAAGGUAAGUUUUCAAGAAGACGCAUUGUGUGAAAAUAUUGGUGCAUUUGUUCAUGAACUUCUGCGUCAGAAGCCUGCUGGCCUAAAAAAGAGCUCAAAAUAUGCUGGUUAUGUGAAUACAGUCCAUCUGUGUAGCACGAUGGGUCCAUCAUUCCCUGUUACAAUACAGUCGUUAUCGAUUGCAGCGGAUCGCCAUGCAAGGAAAUAUGUUCAAUGAUAGUAUCUCAUUAGAUCCAAAUUUAACUUGAACUCCCUUAAUAGAUCCAAUUUUAACUUGGUAUUUUGUUUAGAUUUCUUAAUUUUCUCCAUUUUAGAAAGGGAGAUUUUUCCAAGUUAGUUUAUUUCUGCCCUUUACAGUAGUGAUCUUUACCCUCCCUUCAAACCACCUAACUCUAAAACUUAUGUUGUCUCACAUUUUUGUUUUGUCAUAGAAAAAUAAGCAAGUCUUCUGCUUUAUGAGAUAAUGACUUGGUUUUUCGUGAA